CGGCUGUGGCCCCCGGCUGCGGAGGAGGCCGAGGCGCAGCGGCUGGAGCCGGGGCCUGACGCCGGAGGACCCCGGAGCGCCCCGGUCGGGUUUAGACCCAGUGUGCCGGCUGGGCUGUACCCAGGUUCAGAGCCAUGCCAAUUGGCGGGUGAAGCUUGAGACAGUGAUGGAACCACUGGCACAACAGAAGCAGCCUCGGCAGCCACCACCCCAGCAGGCCCCUCCCCUGGCUCCUCUGCAGAUGGAUGCCAGAGAGAAGCAGGGACAGCAGAUGAGAGAAGCCCCGUUCUUGUAUGCCCAGAAGCUGGUCACGCAGCAGACUCUCCUUUCUGCCACCCCUGGGAGGCCAUCUAGCAGCCCUGCCCUGGGUUCCUUAGCCAGAGGGCCACCAGCCUCAGCAGUGGCCCGAGUUUUUGAACGGAGCAACGUGAACUCAGAGCCCGAGGAGGAGGAAGGAGGUCUGGAAGAUGAGGAUGGGGAUGAUGAAGUUGCAGAGGUGGCUGAGAAAGAGGCCCAGGCCGCUUCCAAGUAUUUUCAUGUGCAGAAAGUGGCUCGCCAGGACCCCAGAGCAGCACCUGGAUCUGGUCUGCUUCCAGGGCCAGGGCUUCCAUUGCGUGCACAGCAAGCUAAAGAAGACCAUACCAAAGAUGCUUCCAAGGCCCCACCUUCAGUCUCCACAGCUGGGCAGCCAAGCUGGAAUCUGGAUGAGCAGCUCAAGCAGAACGGUGGUUUGACCUGGAGUGAUGAUGCAGAUGGAGGCCGGGGAAGAGAGAUCUCUAGAGAUUUUGCCAAGCUGUAUGAACUGGAUGGUGAUCCGGAAAGGAAAGAGUUCCUGGAUGACCUCUUCAUCUUUAUGCAGAAGAGGGGGACGCCCAUCAACCGAAUCCCCAUCAUGGCCAAGCAGAUCCUGGACCUGUAUAUGCUGUAUAAGCUGGUGACAGAGAAGGGAGGCCUGGUGGAGAUCAUCAACAAGAAGAUCUGGCGGGAGAUCACCAAAGGCCUGAACCUGCCCACGUCGAUCACCAGCGCCGCCUUUACCCUGAGGACCCAGUACAUGAAGUAUCUCUAUGCCUAUGAGUGUGAGAAGAAAGCCUUGAGCUCCCCGGCCGAGCUCCAGGCAGCCAUCGAUGGCAAUCGGAGGGAGGGCCGGCGGCCCAGCUACAGCUCCUCCCUCCUUGGCUACUCACCUGCUGCUGCCGCUGCUGCCACUGCCGGGGCGCCUGCCCUCCUCUCCCCACCCAAGAUCCGCUUCCCCAUCCUCGGGCUGGGUUCCAGCAGUGGCGCCAAUGCCAGCAGCCCUCGGAUAUCCCCAGCAAGCACUCUCAGGAAAGGUGAUGGAGUCCCAGUGACGACGGUGCCUGUGCCAAAUCGCCUGGCUGUGCCCGUGACCUUGGCAGGCCAGCAGGCCGGUACCCGGACGGCCACGCUGGAGCAGCUGCGGGAGCGGCUGGAGGCAGGGGAGCCCCCUGAGAAGAAGGUGUCCAGGCUGUCAGAGGAGGAGCAGCGCCUGGUACAGCAGGCCUUCCAGCGCAGCCUGUUCAGCAUGGCGCGGCAGCUGCCCAUGAAGAUCAGGAUCAAUGGCAGGGCAGAAGACCGAUCAGAGGCCUCAGCUGCAGCACUGAACCUGGCCGCAGGCAGCAUCGGGAGCAUCAACAUGUCCGUGGACAUUGAUGGCACCACCUACGCAGGUGUGCUGUUCGCCCAGAAGCCCGUGGUCCACCUCCUCGCGGGGCCUGCCCCCCCGAGCGUGGGCGGCAGUGCCAGCGGCAGCAGCAGCUCUCACUGCUCCCCGAGCCCUACAUCGUCCCGGGGCACCCCCAGCGCCGAGCCCUCCACCAGCUGGUCCCUCUGACGGCCAGGACCCGGCUCCCCACCCCGCGCUCUCCUGCCGAGAGGGAAGGAGGCUGAUGCACAGUUUACCUCAUCUCACAGAGCCCAUGUCAAACACCAUUUGGCCAGAUGUUGAGAGUUUGGACGUGUCCUUCUGUCCAGGCUCCAUUCAGGUCCUGCUGUACUCUGGGGACAGGGAGAGGCUGCAGGGGCAGGACAGGGCAGCGUUGUCCAAUCAGGGAUUGUCCUGGAGAACCGGGCGGGGUCCGCGGGCUCCCGGCUUCCUCCCGGGUCCGCAGGCCACCUCCCGUCCCGGGCACAGUGUAUCGACAAUCGGUAAGCCGGCACAGGGCUGGAGGCCCUCCAGAGCAUUUCCCCUUUAAUUUAUUGCCCUUUCCCUGCCUCUUGCCGUGACCCCAGGGUCCCUGGCUUCAUCCCCUGCUCAGACCUCCAGACUAAUUCCGCGUGGGCUGCUCAGCGCCAAGACCAUGCCUUCGUGGCCCUUCUCUGCUGAGCACGGGAUGGGGCCCUCCUAACCCACCUUGCCACCGGGUGUGGUUCCAGAGGUGUGGGUCCCUCAAAGCCAAGUCUUGAAGCAGCCCUCAGGGCCCUCAACCCCCCCUUUAGAGUCCCAGGAAGGGGUACAUGAGGGCAGUCCUCAGGUCCAUGCUGACUGAGCACCUGCUGAGGGAGAGGCAGAGCCAAGGGGGCUGCCCAGGCAGGCCCUGGCACCCGCUCCACACUGACCCUUCUCUGGCCCUCCCAGACCUCACGCCCUCACUCGCCCUUACUGGCCGGCUCUCCCGGAACAGCCCACUUGUCCCUUGGGCCCUCCCGUCUCAUGGGGCCACCUCGGCCCCAGUGUCCCCAGACCUGCUGACGUCAGGUUCAUUGAAAUACCUCAGAUUUGUAAUUGCUGAUGUUUUGAUUCUUCAGGAAGUAUUUGCAACUCUGAAAUCUUUUUUUAUAUGUGUUUUGCUGACUUUUUUGUUUUUAAUUUUUAUUGUCGUUAUUGUAGCACCAAAGAAAUGAAAGCAGAUCACCCCCAGAGCCGAGCAAACAUUUGGUACCCCAGCCCCUCUGGCCCUUCGCUAGGACCCCAGUGAGGAGGCGGGGAGGCAGGCAGGAGGGAUGACUCAGGGAUCAGAGUGGCGGGGGAGACAGUGGAUCGAGAGGCCCGUGCUGGCAAAGGUUGGGUCCUGAGGCCACGCAGUCCCGGAGAUGGCCCCCGACCCAUUUCCUGCCGAAGCAGGGCUUGUCCCACACCCUUGCCGGCCCUCCAGGGUGGGGACAGAACGGUGGUCUUGGACUCAGCAUUCCCAGCUCAGGGCAGGGGCAAGCCAGGGAGGCCCCGGGCCUUGUAGCGGCGGGGCUGCCCCAGGGAAUCGGGGAUGCCGGGACCUCUGUUCUCUGGGCCCUGGGCUGGAGCAGGCUGCUCCCGUGUCGGGAAGAUGGGGUGAUUGUCCCACAAGGCUCACCUCAUUGGGCACGGCCCGCAGAGUUCCUAGAGCGCCAGCGCUGUGACAUCACCAGGCUCUGGCGGGGACAGGCCACGCGGGCAGGAGCCCUCGCACGGCUGGCCCUCGGCCCCGUCUACGCAAGGAAAGGAAGCUCAAAAGCUUGAGCACAAAACAGCUACCUCAGCCCGGUAAGCUGCAGCUCCCCCCGGCCUUCUGCACACUCGCUGUCACACUCACACAGCCCCGUUCCCCGGGGCCUAACCCUCUUCCGCCCUUGGGAGCCUCCCCACCUUGCCCACCAGGUAAGCGCAGGCGGCGGGCAGAGAAGGGCAUCUGGGGUCUGGGGCCAGGGACGAGCCCAGUUGGCUGGCGCUGGGCCCACUUGAAAGUGUCGGAACACUUGGCCAGUGUGUCUUUCUCAGGGGUUUGGUCACGAAGGAUGGACUCUUCCCAGCCGGAGGACACGGGCACGCACUGCGGCUUUCUGGUCAUUGGAUCCCCCUUCCCUAGGCAGCUGCCCGGCCUUGCCCUCUCGGCAAACCCUCUCUGCCCUCAAGGACAAAAGCAGGGUCUCGGCGUGAAAGCCCAAGAGCGGGAAUGCCCGCAGGUGCUCCAGGGGCCGGGCCUGGGCCAGAGCAGCUUUCCCGGACGGUUCAGUCCCAAAGGCCCCAGGGCAGGCCGCGGGCCGGGCCGCUCUGCCCCCCCGCCCUGUCCACGCGGGCUCCGACCAGGAAGAUGUGCUAGCACACGGUAGCCUAGGCGGUGAUAAAUACCUCAGACGUCCUCUUGCAGCAAGUGUCUGUAUAUGUUGUGGUUAUUUUCUAUCUUACAUGUUCUCGAAUGUUUAUAUUUCAAUAAACCUCUACCUCUUC